AUGCAACAGGUUCCUGGUUAUCUGCCUCCGGUUUAUCCUCCUCCGAAUUAUCAACAAGCAUCCAACGCUCAGGCGAGUCAACAACCGAGGAACCAGACACCUCGCCAGAAUGCUCCAAGGAGACUAUACAAGACUUGUCCACCGAUUCCGAUGACGUUCACCGAGUUGUAUCCUUACUUAGUGCAACGCGGUUUGGUCACUACUCGAGCUUUGGGACCGCCUCCAAAUCCUUUGCCAGCCAACUACAACGCCGCCGCUCAUUGUUUAUUUCAUGAGGGUGCGCCAGGUCACGACUUGGAGAACUGUUAUGCUUUGAAAAACCUUGUGAGGGAUCUGAUGGAAAAGAAGAUUCUGUCAUUCAACGAUCCGCCGCCCAAUGUCAAAAGUAACCCUUUGCCUGACCAUGGGGCUGUUAAUGCCAUUGAUGCUUCGUCUGAAGAGAAUUCUAUCCUUGAUGUAGCUCAGAUUAAGACUCCGCUCAAGGCAUUCCAUUCAAAGCUGUUUAAAGCAGGCCUAGUAUCUGUUUCCCAUAUCGGUUGUACGAGCUGUAAGGGAUGUGAUAAGGGUUGCGUUAUGGUUCGGAAAGACGUUCAGAGAUUGAUUGAUGAUGGUUUUUUGCAAGUAGUUAACCAGGCGAAAGAAGUAGCCGCAAUUGAGCCUACCUUCAACUUGCCAGAAUCAAGGGGUAGGAUACCAAUGUUUAAUCUGCCAGCACCAAAUUCUGUCAUGCCAGUGUUCAGUAUACCGACUCCCGUUACUCCAACAGUGGACCAGCCUAAACCGUUGAUUAUCCAAAAACCGAGUCCAUUUCUAUUCAGUGAUCCCAAAGCAGUACCUUGGAAGUAUGAUGUAACUGCGAUUGACAAAGAAUCUGGGAAGGUCAUUCCAAGAGAAGAAGUGAAGGUUGAUGGUGAAAGUGUGACUAACAUAGCUGGGGCAAGCAGGAUGACUCGCAGUGGUCGCAUGUACACUCCCCGUUUUGAUGAGGCUCCACCUAGAGAGACAACUACUAACACUGCUGUGCCUGCCAGAGAUAAAAAUAAAGAGGUUGUUACUAAUGAUGAAGAUGCUGAAUUCUUAAGGAUCAUCAGGAAGAGUGAUUACAAAGUCGUUGAUCAGCUUCAUCAGACCCCUUCGAAGAUCUCUAUCCUGUCUCUGUUAUUGAAUUCACCCGCUCAUAGGGCUGCUUUGCAGAAAGUAUUGACGCAAGCUCAUGUCGCUCAAGAUAUUACUACCGGUCAGUUUGAUAGUGUGAUCGCCAAUAUUACCGCAUGUAAUACUCUUAGCUUCAACAAUGAAGAGCUACCGAAAGAGGGCCCGAAUCACAACCGUGCUUUGCACAUAUCAGCGAAGUGUUAA